AUGAGACAAGGGCUUGCCUUACGUGGCCAUAGAGACUCUGGUCCUAUUUCUUUUGAAAGUGAAUGUCCAUAUGUGAAUGAAGGUAAUUUUCGUGCCAUACUCAAGUAUAAGGCUAAAGACUUGGCCAGUUUUAAAGAAUUUUUAGAAUCCAAGAACCGGUAUAAGUAUACAAGUUCAAAUAUCCAAAAUCAAAUUAUAUCUUCAUGUGGUGACUUAAUACUGGAAAAGAUUGUCAGUGAAAUUAACACAUCUGAGUGUUUUUCAAUUUUAGCAGAUGAGACAACCGAUGUUUCAUUGAAGGAACAAUUAACUUUAUGCGUUCGUUUUGUAACUGGUACUGGAAAAAAUGUCUAUUUGCGUGAAGUUUUUUUAAAAUACAUUGUUAUUCAUAGCCUAACAGGAAAAGAUAUAGCAAGUUCUAUCAUAAAUGGUUUAAAUUCCUGUGGAAUUGAUUGUAGUAAAAUGGUUGGUCAGGGUUAUGAUGGGGCAUCAAACAUGGCAGGACACGUCAAAGGAACACAAACAAUUGUGUCUGAAAACUUCCCUAAGGCUAUAUAUGUUCACUGUGCAGCCCAUUCUUUAAAUCUGGCUGUAUCUGCUGCUUGUGAUAUACGAUCAAUUAGGAACUGUUUGGGUAUUGUUGAAAAAAUGUACUGUUUCUUCAACACACCUAAACGACAAGAUAUGUUAUUAAGUGAAAUUGAAGAAAGUGACUUUAAUCCUAAAUCGAAAUCAUUAAAACGCCUAUGUGCCACAAGAUGGGUUGAAAGAUAUUCGGCAAUUCAUGACUUUGUGGAAUUAUAUUCCUGUGUGGUCAGUGCGCUCGAUAAGAUAUCUGAGUGGAAAGACUCAACAGCUACAGAUGCUAAUAUCCUGUCAAAAUCUAUGGAUUCUGAUUUUUUUGUCUCUUUACAAGAGUUGUUUGGAUAUGGUUUACCUAUAUGUAAACUAUUACAAAAAGUUGAACUUGAUUUAAAAGAAGCUGUGGACUUAGCUGAAGUGACUGUGACAAGUACUCAAUGUUUACGUGAUAAUAUAGAGCAAGAAGAGUUCAAUAAAAUGUUCAGAGAAGCUGAGAAAAUGGCUGAUGUGGUUGGCGCGAGUAUUUCAAUUAAACGUCAGAAUAAAAUUAACAAAAAUCGGCCCAACCUCUGCAUUGAUAAUAUUACACCAGAAAAAUAUUAUCGUAUAACAAUAGCCAUAUCAUUUAUUGAUUCUUUUAUAGAACAAUUAAAUGAAAGGUUUUUGAAGCACAAAAAUAUAUUAAAAGGAUUUGGGUGUUUAUUUUCUAAACCCUUUACUGAAGAGUUUGACAAACUGGUUCAGUAUUACCUAGAUACCGAUCUACAAAUUGUUACAGCCGAAUUACUACUAUGGCACACUAAAUUGGAGAGAAAUAAAGAAGAACCGAAAAAUGCAUUAGAGGCGUUAAGACUGUGUAACAAUGAAAUAUUUCCUAAUAUCCAUCGCCUGAUUAAAAUUCUGUGUACUAUACCAGUAUCUACAGCAACGCCAGAGAGGACUUUUUCUUGUCUUAAAAGACUUAAAAACUAUUUACGUAGUACAAUGACAGAGACCCGUCUUAAUGGACUCACAAUGUUGGCAAUUCAUGGGGAUGUGCCACUAACAGCUGAGGAAGUGGUGGACGAUCUGGCAAAAAAGCCAAGGAAAUUAGACUUUAUAUUAUAA